GAGAGAGAGAGAGAGAGAGAGAGAGAGAGAGAAAAUCACUGCCUGGCCACACAGAGCACAACAGACGCGACCCGCAUGAGGAACAGCCGGGGCGACAUUGAAGAGAAGAGGGUGCCGUCACGAUUCUGAUGGGUAAAGAGAGCGCUCGCUGUGUUGUUCUGCGAGCUGCCCAUAACAUUUCACCCGUGUUUUCCACGAAGGAGGUGAAAACUGCCCGUCGCCAUUUUUUUGGAAGUGACUGACUGGGAGUGGAGAGUUAGCUGCAAGCUGGCUAGAUUUGUAAGGGCCCCGGCUGAUUUAGUUUAUAUCCCCUGUGAGUCAUCACUUUCAGCGCUGUCACCUCGGACGGUUCGAGUACUGUAAAGACCCCGACCCUUCUCCACCACCACACGAGCCGCCUGAGGUCUGAAGGAAUACACGACGCGAGAUUUUGUUUACACAUUUCUCCCGUAUCCCCACUAACUGUUCCACCCAGGAUAGCUGCUGUGGGCUAAAUUAGCCACAUUAGCAAGCUUAGGUUUUGUCCUGGAAAAGCUGGCCUGGUGGACGGGUCUCUAUGCGUACACUGUCUUGUUCCGGCAGAUGAGUACCCAGCGGGGCCUGACGUGUCGCAGUCGCACGGUCAGAUAGUCCCCUGCGAGCGCGACGCGUCCCCCGGCUCGCAGCAUGCCCUCCACCAGCCGGACAGGGAGCCUUAAGGACCCCGAGAUCGCAGAGCUCUUCUUUAAAGAGGACCCUGAGAAACUCUUCUCAGACCUUCGAGAGAUCGGUCAUGGCAGCUUUGGUGCUGUCUAUUUCGCGCGGGAUGUGCGGACUGCAGAGGUGGUGGCCAUCAAGAAGAUGUCCUACAGUGGGAAACAAUCCAACGAGAAAUGGCAGGAUAUCAUUAAGGAAGUCAGGUUUCUCCAGAGAAUACAACACCCGAACAGCAUAGAAUAUAAAGGAUGCUACCUGCGGGAACACACGGCAUGGCUUGUCAUGGAGUAUUGUUUGGGCUCAGCCUCUGACCUUCUUGAAGUUCACAAGAAGCCCCUUCAGGAAAUUGAGAUUGCUGCAAUUACCCAUGGUGCUUUGCAGGGCCUUGCGUACCUUCAUUCCCAUAACAUGAUUCACAGGGACAUCAAAGCUGGAAACAUCCUGCUUACCGAACCUGGACAGGUGAAACUGGCAGACUUUGGUUCUGCCUCCAUCGCUUCUCCAGCAAACUCUUUUGUGGGGACUCCAUAUUGGAUGGCCCCUGAGGUGAUUUUAGCCAUGGAUGAGGGGCAGUAUGAUGGAAAGAUUGACGUCUGGUCUCUUGGAAUCACUUGCAUAGAACUAGCCGAAAGGAAGCCUCCUCUGUUUAACAUGAACGCGAUGAGUGCCUUAUACCACAUAGCGCAGAAUGAGAGUCCCAUGCUGCAAUCAAGUGAAUGGACGGACUAUUUUAGAAAUUUCGUUGACUCUUGCCUUCAGAAAAUUCCCCAAGACAGACCCCACUCUGAGGAUCUGCUGCAGCACGCCUUCAUCCUGAGAGCGAGGCCAGAAUCUGUUCUGAUGGACCUGAUUUUGCGGACAAAAGAUGCUGUCCGAGAGCUGGACAACCUGCAGUACCGCAAGAUGAAAAAGAUUCUUUUUCAGGAGGCCCCCAAUGGUGUAACCACCGAGACCCAGGAGGGCGACGAGGAAGGGGAGCACAGUGCAGGUGGCACGGGUACAGUGAGCAGCGUGGGCAGCAACCAGUCCAUACCCAGCAUGUCCAUCAGCGCCAGUUCUCAGAGCAGCUCGGUUAACAGCCUUCCUGAUGCCGCUGAUGACAACAAGAGUGAACUUGAGCUGGAGAAAGACCACACCGUCAUGUCCAACAGCUCCGUCAUACACCUGAAGCCAGCAGAAGAGGAAGUUAACCAUGAGGAUCCUGAGACACGUACUCGGCCACCAGAGGUUCAGCCAGCACCAGCGCAGCCGGCCCAGCGCAAACACCAUCGAAACCGCGAGCACUUUGCCACCAUUCGCACGGCCUCUCUGGUGACGCGGCAGAUGCAGGAGCACGAGCAAGACUCUGAACUGAGGGAGCAGAUGUCCGGUUACAAGCGCAUGAGACGACAGCACCAGAAGCACCUCAUGGCCCUGGAGAACAAGCUGAAAACUGAGAUGGAUGAACACAGACUGAGGCUGGACAAAGAGCUGGAGGCCCAGAGGAACAGCUUUGCUGCUGAGAUGGAGAAACUGGUGAAGAAAAACCAAGCAGGCAUUGAGAAAGAUGCCAAGUCAUUUGCCAAUGAUGAGAAGAAAUUCCAGCAGCACAUUCAGGCCCAGCAGAAGAAAGAGCUCAACAGCUUCCUGGAGUCACAGAAACGAGAGUACAAACUGCGUAAAGAGCAACUGAAAGAGGAGGUAAAUGAGAACCAGUCCACACCUAAGAAGGAGAAACAGGAGUGGCUGUCGAAGCAGAAGGAGAACUUUCAGCACUACCAAGCAGAGGAGGAGGCCAACCUGCUCCGCCGACAACGCCAGUAUCUGGAGCUGGAGUGUCGCAGAUUCAAACGGCGAAUCCUUAUUGCAAAACACAAUGUGGAACAGGACCUCGUACGGGAGGAGCUUAAUAAACGGCAGACGCAGAAAGAUCUGGAACAUGCCAUGCUGCUCCGCCAUCACGAGUCCAUGCAGGAGCUGGAGGUGAGGCAGCUGGGUAGCAUCCAUAAGAUGCGCACGGAGCUCAUCCGCCUGCAACACCAAACCGAACUCACCAACCAGAUGGAGUACAACAAGCGAAGAGAGCGAGAGCUACGCCGCAAGCACGUCAUGGAGGUCCGGCAGCAGCCCAAGAGUCUUAAGUCCAAAGAGCUGCAGAUCAAGAAGCAGUUUCAAGACACAUGUAAGAUUCAGACCCGACAGUACAAGGCCCUGCGCAACCACCUGCUGGAGACCACACCCAAGGCUGACCACAAGGCUGUGCUGAAGAGACUGAAAGAAGAGCAGACGCGCAAAUUAGCCAUCCUCGCCGAACAGUACGACCAUUCGAUCAACGACAUGCUUUCCACACAAGCUCUACGGUUGGACGAAGCACAGGAGGCGGAGUGUCAGGUGUUAAAGAUGCAGUUGCAGCAGGAGUUGGAGUUGUUAAACGCUUAUCAGAGUAAAAUCAAGAUGCAAACGGAUGCCCAGCAUGAACGUGAGAGGAAAGAGCUCGAGCAGAGGGUCUCGCUUCGGAGGGCUUUGCUGGAGCAGAAGAUUGAAGAGGAGAUGGUUGCCCUUCAGAACGAACACUCGGAACGAAUCCGCAGCCUGUUAGAAAAACAGGCCCGUGAGAUCGAGGCGUUUGACUCUGAAAGCAUGCGUCUGGGUUUCAGCAACAUGGUGCUCUCCGGCUUGUCUUCGUCGGAUGGCCACAGCCACAGUUUUCCGGGAGCUCAGAGCAGCUGGGGCUCCCAGCACGGUGCUGGCUCUCAGGGGUCACAAUGGGGAGGUGGGCACCACGGUGGAAGUCAGCACGGCCACCAUCAUCAUCAUCACCCGAGCCAGGGUGGCUCUAUCCAUCAGCCCUGGGGUCACGGUCUGUCCUCAGGUGGAGCGUCUCCGUGGGUGCACCAUGGGUCUGGUGGCAGUCAGCGCUCGAGCGGAGGGGGUGGUGGGCUGCGGAACAGUCCCCAGGCGGUACGGAGGGCCACCUCAGGGGGGCGCAGUGAGCAGGCGAUGAACAGGAGUUCCAGCAUCACCUCUCAGAUUUCAAACGGCUCGCACUUGUCCUACACGUAAGACCACCCGCUGCUCUCCCGCAACACGUGUUUUGACCCUGAAUGCCGUUGGGGAAGGGAUAUAGGGGCACCAUGAUCAAAAGGGGGACCUGAAGGAUAAAUAGUAUGGUUACUUUUUCCUCUCCGUAUUUUUAUUCCUUUACUUCUCAAUUUCGAAAUACCUGUUUGAUACACAUACUAAGCACAAAUGCCUCAUUAAUAUGGGUGUCAGGCAGCACUUAAAGUGUUUCUUCAGCUAGAAUUCAGAUUAUUGUCAUGGCAUUUUUGCAGUUAUAUGAGAAACGAUGAAUAAUGGAUUUAGAGUAGAUGCUAUGUGAAUUGUAGAGUGCUGAUAUGAGAAUAAUAAUAAUAGUGAGAAUGAAUAUAUAAAAUGCAGUGCAUUGCCUAUCAAAGGUGAGAUGCAGAACUCUGGUUAUUUGAUGUUUUUAUGGAGCAAGUUUUUAUCAUGGUCUUACCUGCAGGUUGUGCAGCUGGUUUUUGGAGUGUUGUGCAUAUCAUUUCCUUGAGAAGAAUAGAUUUAAAGGGUUAGCUGUUGUAUGGAUGAUAUGUAGAAAGGUUGGAUAGCAGAAUUUAAAUGAAUCAAGCUUUACAGUGCACUUGAGUUUCUUUAGUUUAGUCUUUUUUAUACAUUUUAAGCACUAUUGUUUUAAAACAUUUUGAUGCUCUUAUUGUGCCAGAACAUAUAUAAAAAUAUACUGUGAAAGACAUCAGCUGCCAGGAUUAUAUGGAUUUUUCUUGAUUUUUAUUUUUUUACGUUGCCAUAGAUUGCCAACCGUCUACAGUCCAAAUAACCAAAAACACAUUUGGAUGGAGAUCGGGAUGCUAUUGUGCUUUUAACCUCCUUAACUGGUGCUGUCCCGUGAGCGUUUACUUCAGUAUUUUUGCAUGUACAUUUUAAUCUAGCACGACAAACUAUAUCUUGCUGGAAAGGUCUUAGAAUGUAGUUUCAUACCUUUUGGCAGUAAUAAUAAUGCAGCGACAGUAAUUUAUUAGUUUGUGACGAGUAUGCAGCAAACCAAUGACACCUAGUGGCCAUUGUUGGUAAAACAAAAAAAAAUUAUGUAUAAAAUAUAUACUUCAUUGCAUUAUUUUUAUUUAUUACAGUAAAUGUAAACCGCUAUAUUUUUAUUUUAUUUUUUUUAUUUUAUAUUUUUUAACCUCCAGACACUUCUGUGAAAAACUUUCAAGUGUCUUAUUUUAAACAAGACCAAGAUUAGGCUUCUAGACCAAGAAAAUGGCAGAGUUAUAUUAAUUUGAAGGUGUACAAGCCCCCCCUGCACUCAAAAAAGGGCAGUGCCAGUUAAGGGGUUAAAAGUAAAAAUAUAUAGUAUAUUCGUGUUCAAUCACAGGACAUAUAGGCCAAAAGGACAGAUGAUUGUAAGAUAGAUGUGUUUUAAUAGUAUUAAAGGGAUAGUUCCCCCCAAAAUAAAAAUUCUGUUAUCAUUUACCUCAGUUUGUUUAUUCUGUUGAACACAAAAUUUAAAUCUUUUGAUAAAUGAUAAUCACACCGUUGACGGUACCCAUUGACUUCCAUAGUGGGAUAAACAAAUCUUAUGGAAGUCAGUGGAUACCAUCAACUGUGUGGUUGCCAUCAUUUAUCAAAACACGUUGUGUUUAACAGAAUAAAGAAACCCAUGGGGUGGCUUCCCGGACAGGGUUUAGAUUAAUCCAGGACUAGGCCUUUUAGUUAUAUUAGGACAUUUCAGUAGUUUUUACAAAAAAACCUACAAAAAAACAUUGAAACAAAACACUGAUGUGUAUGUUAAGAUAUGUCAAUGCAAAAUAUUUUAAUAUUAAGGCAGCUUAAACAUGCAUUUUAGUCUGGGACUAGGAUAAGCCCUGUCCGGGAAACCACAAAAGGGCGUAUUUCAUUUUUUGGGUGAACUAUCUAUUUGAGAUAUUUUAGGGGACAUGGGCUAGACGAAUAGAAGGGUAGUUUUGCUAUAUGAAUGUACAUAAGUGUAAAAGCUUGUUGACAAACCUCACUCCUGCAUAACAGUAUGGCAAAUGUGUUAGUUUAAACCAUUUGAUUUAGUGAUGCCAAAGUUAACAAUUGCAACUAUGCAAAAGGAGAAUAGCCUGUUGUGUUGACUUAUAUUCGUUACCUCUUCAUUCUGCAACUUUCACUGACUUUAACCUCACAGACAAGCACUUUAUCGUCCCUUCUAUUCCUUAUUGAGCACUACAGGUAUACCAAGUUUCUUCACUGAACACUACAGUUAUAAUAGCAGGUCUCCUGAACUUCUGGCGCCCCCUCCUUCCCUUUCUCAGGCUGGGUUGUGACGAGCGUGUUGUGUGGAUUUUAGGGGUGGGGAGGUCUAGGUUGGGUAAGCUUGAGACCGCUGAAUGUUUUUCGCUGGGUGGGUGGGUGCCGCUGCUGUCGUCCCUGCUAAGCCUUUGUCUCUUCCACGCCCACCCCAGAGCUCCGGCGACUGCCUCCCAACAUCCACCCUCCAACUGCACCCUUACCAGAACAAAUUAGUAAAACUAUAAGUAAGAAAGCAUUUAAAACAUUGCGUUAUGGCAGAAGAGUAUAAAGUGAGGAGUUUUAAGUGGGAUGUAUAGGAAAAUAAUUGUGUAUAUUGUAUAUUUAGAAAUUUUAAUAAAUGGAAAUCAAAACAGUCAGACACGGUUUUGACUAGUUAAAACUAAACUAAAACGUAAUUGCUUGAAUGUGAAGACAAAAACACCUUGGUUUCUAAUAUGAUAAUUAUUUAAAAAGAAGAAAUUAUAUAAAUAUAUACACAAAACAUAUUCUCAGAGGUGUUAAGUGAAGCAAAAAAAGUUCCCCCUCGCAAUUUGACUUUAUCUGGACCUUUCUAUCAUUCUGUACUUGCGUCUCCCUUGCUUCAGAGGUCUGAAUGACCUUAUUCAGUAGUGCCAGUACUCAUGUUGUUAUCUGUGAACCAGCAGAGUCAACUUUCAUCUUCUAAACCCUUGUAGUUUCCUCACAGAAAUAAACUGCCAUCAUGCCUAUUACAGAAUGGCUUCCAAAAGUACUAAAAAUACAUUUUGUGGACAUCCUCUAUUAGAAAGUGAACCUUGCCGUCUUAUAGAGCACAAGUGUCUGUGCUACCCAUGAUGUCCGUCAUCCUAGAACAUCUGGCUUGGCACAUUUCUGGUAUAUGCAUGGGAUUGCAGACGCCAAUUAUCUCAAUAGAACUGAAUUGAGCCAAUCCAUAGGCAAAUAUUUGGGCCAAAUGUAACAACAUAAUAUAGCCAUGCCAGUUUAUACCCUGAUUAAAUAAGAUGCCAUCCAUUUAGUAUUCUCCUGUAAUGGAAUCACUGGACCAGUUUAGCGGCCAUAGACUCAAAAUGUGACAUCAGCUUCACUUCUGCAGUUAUUCUUCCAAAGUAUGCAAUAUAUUUAAAAGGAAAGAGGUCUACCCUGUUAAAGAAAUUCGAUUCCCUUGGAAGCCCUUAACAUUGUUGUUUUUAUGACCCUUUUAAAAGUGUUAUAACAUGGGGAUGGAUAUAAAUCGAGGAAGGGCUAUAUCUCUGUACAGUGUUGUCACCAGUAUUUCCUUUUGAUGCUCAUUGUCUCCUUGCUUCAACAUUACCAUAACAAUCCAUAUAUAAUCUGUAUUAAAAUGUAUAAAUUGUGAAAAACUGAAUGUUGGAGAGAUUACAAAAUAUACUUAAAAAAAACUUACAAGAAGUAAAUUAAAAUGUACAAAAAAAUCUGAAAUCCCAUGGGGACAAAUGUAAUGUUUUGUUUGUAAUUACUCCUUUUGUUGGCAGAGGGCUACUGGACAAAGAAAUCAACUGUAAUAAAGUAAUUUUAGUACAA